AUGAUCACAUGUGAUGCCGACCUCUGGAUUCUGGAUGUAAAUCCAUGUUUCCCGGGGUCAUGCCAUGACUCGUGGGUGUGGCGGAGGAGCCCUCUCCGUCGGGACCUGGAAGCCGAACUGCGGCCUGGUGAAUGCUUGCUUGGAGACUCUGGCUAUCCAUUAGAACCGUGGCUCCUGACACCAGUGCCCGGAGGACCAGCUAGUGGCACCCCUGAGAGCGACUACAAGGCCCACACCGCCAUGCGCAAUGUUGUGGAGAGGUGCAUCGAGGUCCUAAAGAGCAGGUUCCGCUGCUUGCAGCGUUACCGGGCCCUGCUCUACAACCCCGAUGGAGCAGCCACCAUCAUUGCUGCUUGCGCAGCUCUCCACAAUAUUGCACUAGCGGCACAUGAGCCUGCUCUCGAAGGGGACGACGACGACCCCGACGACGAUGACGACAGCGACAACGCUGAGGUGCCCCCAUCACUAGCUGAGCUACCACCACAACGGGUGCAAGCCCCACAGCAGGUUCUCCUGAGGGGCCAGCAGCAGCGUAACCGCGUGGUUAACCUGUUCAGAGGACCACGGGGCUCACAUGUUGAGCACCUGCGCCAUUGA